AUGCCGCCGUCGGCCAAGAGAGCCCAGCGCGCCCGCCGCGACUUGCGCAGAGACAAGGACGUAGCCAACCCUGUUGAUGUCGAGGAUUCCUCUCCUAGCCGCCCCGCCAAACGUCGCAAGCGUACUCGAUCCUCAGACCCGGCAGACUCGAGCCUCCUCUCCGGAAACGCAUCAACUUCUCAGGCUCAUGAUGCCGAAGACUCUCCAGGCACGGAUGAUGACCACAUUGUCUCACAAGUCACCCAGCAACUCAAAUCCCAGCCUGUCCAAGCAAGCAAAGAUCAUGCUAAUGCGAUCCACGAAGCUAAUCGCAAUGGUGUCAAAGCCUAUGCCAAAGUGGCAGCUCAAGAUUGGACUUUCUACAUAACGAAGCUUGCAGUCAACAUUGGUCGCGCACCCGAGAUAUCCCAUGCCGAUGAUGAGGAGGGGGACGAGGCCCAUGUUCAUAUCGACCUGGGCCCGAGCAAGAUGGUGUCACGCGAACAUGCCUCCAUCUGCUUCGACUCUAAAGAUGAAAAGUGGAUUCUUCAAAUAAAGGGUCGUAAUGGCGCAAAAAUUGACGGGCAACCCCUUAAACCUCGGGCUUUUCAUGCCCUCACGUCUGGCGAGGUCAUUGAAAUUGGUACUGUUGAGAUGAUGUUUGUGCUCCCAUCCGAAAUAUCUCCUCUGCAUGUCCACCCCAUGUUUUUGCAACGAUGUGGGCUAAGUCCGGACGUGGCAAAAGCCCCUACAUCUCGACGACAGCCGUUCAUUGCUCCAGCUCCCGCCGAUUAUAAACGGCCGGGGACGCCCCCAUUUACUCAGAGAAGAGGAGCCUCGAUGGCCAAAUCCCCAGAAGCCAGUACUCCGGCAGUACUGAUUGGCGCGCAUGGCGUAGACCUGAGCCAUGAUCACAACCAGCAUAUUAAGCCACAAUAUAGUUACGCCCAGAUGAUCACACAAGCGAUAUUGAAUGCCCCUGACGGGAAGCUCAACUUAAACGGCAUCUACACCUUCAUUAUGAACAGCUACUCGUAUUAUCGACAUCAACAGGCCGCUGGCUGGCAGAAUUCUAUUCGGCACAACCUCUCGCUUAACAAAUCAUUUGAUAAAGUCGCCAGAUCUACUGAUGAACCUGGGAAGGGCAUGAAAUGGCAAAUAGUCCCAGAAGCAAGAGAAGAAAUGACCAGAAAUGCCUUCAAGAUCGGCCGUGGCGGUCACCGGGGUUCUUCCGCACCAUCGUCGCCGAAUCAACUCAACUACAUCACCCAAGGACCAAAAGAUAUGGCAUCUAGAGACCCAGGGUCUGCUCGAAAACGACGAGCGUCACCUAUAGCUUCGCCACCCCCUCGAUCAUCUCUGCGUGCUGCGCAAUCAACUCCCCAACAAAGUUCAGAACGGGGUAUCGGACGAAAUGCCAACUUAACAGAAGAUGGCAGUCCACUGCCACGGCAUCGCAAGUCGACAAAUAUCCCGCCUGAUUCGUCCAUCUCGACUUUCAAUCCUCAAUCUCCCACUCUGACCUCGUCGUAUCUACAAGAUGAAGGCGCUUCUUUUGUAACACCUGCACCACCGCGUAUUCAUCCGAAGCUUGCGCCACCAAGCACCGCCCAACGACCUAGCCAGCAUAUGCCUACGAGCUCGCCAGCACCGUUCUGGAAGUAUGCCGAUAUCGGCAGCACGCCGCUACGGCCAUCCGCUCCAUACGAAUUCAGUCCUUCAAAACCUGCCGGGGGAUUAUUGUCUCAGAGCAGUAGCCCACCUCGCGCUAGCAAGUCGCCACCUAGCAGCCCUUCUAAACCACAAAGGCUCCCAGCCCUGGAAGGUACCAUGCGGGAAAGUGAGGGCUCUGACGAUGUGGAAGAGGACCAAGGAUUCGAUUUAACAAAGGCAAACAGCAGUAGAGACAGUAUGGCUCAGGACCACGGAUUUGAACGAGGCUGA